AUGACUGCGAGAUACGCCAAGGAUCAGCCUGCGGGCUUCACCAACCGCAUUGAAAAGGUGGCUAUUGUCGGGGCCGGUGGCCAAGUUGGAAGUCAAUUGGCCCAAGGAAUCCCCAGAAAUGGCAAACACGCCUUGACCGCGAUCCAACGCACUGAAAGCAACAGCACACUCCCAGAAGGCAUCAACGUGAUCCGCGUCGACUACAGCAAUGAUGACAACACUGCCCUAGUCGAAGCCCUCCGCAGCAAACAAGUCCUUCUCAUCACAAUGGCAGUGGCCGCUCAAAUGGUCGCCAUCCCGAAACUCGUCCGCGCAGCCGCCAAAGCCGGCGUCCUACAAAGCAUGCUGAAGGCCAGUCGCAACAGGAUCGUCCAAGAUAUUGAAAGUCUGGGCGUCAGUUUGCAUUUGCUGCUCGUGUGCAACUUUUGGUACGAAUUCAGUCUAGGCGGUGGUGCGGAUCGGUUUGGAUUCGAUUUCCAAAAACAAUCUUUCAUCUGGUUCGAUGAUGGGGAUGUGCGGUUUUUCGUUAGUAUCUGGCCGCAAUGCGGUCGGGCCAUUGCCGGUCUGCUCAGUCUGAAGGAACUCCCCGAGGAUGAAUCGGACAAGUCGCCCAGUCUGUCUCAGUUCCGGAACACUCCUGCCUAUAUUUCCUCUUUCCGAGUCACUCAGCGAGACAUGUUUGAGAGUGUCAAGCGAGUGACUGGCACGACGGAUGCCGACUGGGCUAUCACCCGCGAGUCGGCCGAGCAGCGUUGGGAGAAGGGCUUUGAGGCCGUGAAGCAGUGCAAUUUCGGGGCGUUUCCGAAAAUGUUGUACAGUCGGAUGUUUCUCCCUUCUGCUGAUGGUGACUAUCAGUCUCGUCGGGCGCUGGAUAAUGAUAUUCUUGGGUUGCCUGUUGAGGAUUUGGAUGAGGCUACGGCUGUUGCGGUGAAGAUGGGGGAGAAUGGUGAAGUGGCACAUUCGCAUUAG